AUGAAUGUCUACUUUAUCGAAGUUUUUCUAUCUAAAACAAUGUUUUCUUUUAUUAAAGUCGGUGUAGCUGCUGGAAAAGCACCCUAUGGUGUUGCUAAAAAAGAUGAUGUCAAUGCUAAUAUGAAUCGAAUGCGUGAUACAGUUGAGUCAGCCUGUGGUGUUGUUAAUGAUACAAGAAAUAAAUUAAUUGAACGAGGUCAAAAAUUAGGCGAAGUUGAAAUAGCAUCAAAACAAAUGAGUGAACGUGCUGAAGAAUUUGCUAGUCUACCACAUAAAGUUAUGUUAAAACAAAAACAAAAAGCUGAAUGA